AUGGGCAUCCUCGACAGCGACAAGGUCGCGUUUGCUCCAGAACAGCUCAACGAGCAGAGUGUAGAGGCACUGUCAAGCAUCGCAACCAAACUGGGCGCGACCGUCACUGAACCCGAAGACGCAACCGUCCUCCUCACCAACCCGGGAUCACCAGCCUACAAGCCCCUCACGGGCACUGCGCCGUCCUCGUCUUCUUCGCACCCAGCCACACAAGUACCGUACAACUGGCUCGCGGCCUGUCGCGCCGCCGAGACCCGCAUCGACCCGGCAUCCCGCUCCAUCCCACACCCAUUCUUGCAGCACACCACACCGACAAAGGCAGGUGUGCCAGUACGCGUGUGGGUGAGCGUCAACAUUCUGCGCAGGCCAUCCACCGCGGACGCAAGGGCGAACCAGCUGUCGGUCGAGAAUGAACUGGCGUGCUGCGGGGCCAUCAUCGUCCCGAAACGCUCCCAGGCCGACAUUCUCAUCGUCGACCGCAAGACGACCUUUUACCAGAACACCAUCCGCCAAGAGAUGAAACAGCACGGCCGUGACUGGCAGCGCGUGGCCGAGCGUGAAUGGGUCGACGCGUGUGUCCAAAACAAAAGGUUUUUAAGCGUCACGAGCGGGGACGUAAAGGCCGAAGACGACGACGAAAGUGAUGAGCUCGACGACAGCUUUGCCGAUGACCACAAUGUGGCUGCAGCACACCGUGGCCCCGGACGGCCGGUUGGAAAACCUCGCAUCGAGUACACCCCUCAGGACGACGAUUUUCUCUGCCGCUACCUGGCCUACCACUACCCAGGUGGAAGCUGGGGCAGCCGCAAGACAUAUGAGGUCAUGCACGCUAGCCAGAACAAGUAUCCCAUUGCCGACCGCCACUCGCCCCAGUCGUGGCACGAGCGGUUCAAGAAGAAUGCCGUCCCGUUUCGUCGUCGAGUCGAGGCCUUUGUCGCGGCCAAGAUUGACGACCGGCUCAAGACUGCCAAGGAAAGGGAACGCAUGGCUGAGCGCGAGGAUAAGAACAAAGAGGCAACAGCUCUUGACAAGGGUAAGAGCAAGGCAACCAAUGCGGCUAGCGACGUCGUCAGUCCCAGCAAGCCGCCAGCAGCAGCAGCAGCUCCAAAGCGCAAGCUCGUGGACAAGUCGGACUCGGACUCGGACUCGUCGCCCCUCUCUCCACAAAACGAGAGGCAAAAGAAAAAGGGAGCUAGCGUCGCGUCGUCCCUCGGCCGGUCUGACCGGUUUGGUGGGGCGCCGGCGAGUCCCAAGUCCAAGAAGAAGCGGUCGCCCGAGGCCCCCGAGCGCGACGAUGAUGUUCCAGAGACUACCUUCGACGCAGGUGAUGCAGUGGCGGCUGUCGAGUCCCAGCCGCCUAUCGACGAUGUCCUGGUCCCCGAGACUGUCCUUCCGGCUCCAGCUCCCGAACCCGCGCUCGCCGAGAGUGAGACGGUGGUGCGAUCCCACUCGCACGUCAUCGAGUCGAUCCAAGUGAGCCAAGUGACCAUCUCGACUGAAAACGGCAAUGGGACCCAAGUCGACACCACGAGCGUCGCCAUUGAGGCCAAUGACACGGUCCCUGCUCUCCCUCAGCCGCCACUGCACCGCAAAACGGUUGCCGACGAGAUUGCAUACACAUCGUACCGCCGCCGCUCGAGCGCGUCGUCGGCGCACCCCCGCCGCCAGUCGACCGAAAAGGCAAAGGACACUGUCAAUGCGAGCGCGACCGUGCCGCUCACCCCGGUCGCGCCUUCCGGUGCCGCUCUUCCUCCUGUUCCUCCCAGUCCGCCAACGCCGGCAGCGACUCCGCUUACACCGCAACAAUGGCAGGAGCGUGUCGUCACGGGCCAGGACCGCGCGCAGGCCAUGCGGGAGGCGUACAGGCAGCGCAUUGCAGAGUAUAGCCAAAAGUACGACCUCGCGCCCAACGAGUUGUUUGAGAUUGUGAGCGCCAUCCCGAAGAAGACGGGGCGCUGUUUCUGGGAUGACGUGGAGAAUGGGUUGAAGGAGAAGUUUGGGUUUUAA